CUUAUUUUGUUGUUUCUGUUGUUAAUGUUGGAAAAUUGUGAGCCUGAACCCCCCUAAAAAAAUCUAAAUUCCCAGCACUGUAGAUUAGUUUACCUUAAGUCACACUCCCUAGAAUCUGUUCAAAAAGUCUUAUUAAAUAAUCUGUCACCAUACUUAAUUUCCAAUACCCUGAAGCUCCCAAUUUCACAAUUAUUUCUAAAUGCAUUUUCAUUGGUAAAUAUAAAUUGGAAAGAAUAUUUUAAGAAAGCCAUUUGGAAUUAUUAGAAACAGUGUGUCAUAUCAUAUAAAGGUUCUGAAACUUAACGUUCCGCUAUUUUAUUCUUCAAAGGCACUUUGUCCCGUCAGACACUUAUGCGGUUUAUGCUGAGAAAACCAAGGUCCACGCCACGUAACGUGGGGGGGGUGGCAGGCUAACAAAAGCGGAGGCUGAAAGCUUCUUUUACCUUUUAUUGUAGCUUUGACAUCAUUUGCUUCGGGAAAAUAUGGGGAGGCCAUGGCCACACCGCCCCCCCCCCCACCCCCGCUUUCGGUGGCGUGGUACCUGAAACGUUGAGAAUCAGUCUGACAUGGCCGAUGGGAUGGUCAUUGAAAUGCGUUUGGACAACGCCUUUAAUCAGUUGUACAUUAUGCUGAAUUUAUAUUAAACUAAUUCAUCACGAAGUUUUCAAUUUAAUCAUCAUUUAUGAAAGCAAAUUCUUGAUAAGAAUCCGGUUUUAAACCAGGUACAUCUCAUAUCAACAGUCUACUUGGUGGCCAGGCAACUGCUGUGUGAUAUUACUAGUUCAAACGUGAUUAGAAAUAAAUGUUUUUUAUAGUUAAUUCUUGUUGGAACAAGCCAGUAAAACGUAAACAGAUCGGAUGUUAUGGCUAUAAGAUUCCCCUUUGUUGGCACAACGAAAAGCAAGUUCAUGGCCUCUAAAAUCUAUGUUUUUAUUGCCAAUCAGGUUUCAUUUGAUUGAUCACCUGAACGCUAACUUUUCUAAUUUUAAGUUGACAUAAUAUUAGCAUAAGCUAUGGUAAAUUUCGUUUGAUGACUCCUGUAACGCUGGUUUUAAAGUUAAUGUAUUCAAUUAUUAUUCGUUAGGGAAAUAAUACCUAUCUGCCUCUUUGAUGAAACCUUUUGUCGAAUAAUACUACGAAUAAGACAACGGUAGCUUUUGCAGAUCUAGCGUUAUUUGUUUUUAAUUUGGGUUGCUUUAAAAACUGUGUUUUCUUAUCAGUGGCUCUCAUAGCCUGGUUUACAAUUGUCUAAACUUUCGUAAGAAUUAGUGAAGGCGGCUCUCCUUCUUCCUACGUUUCUUAUUACAAGUGUUUUCGUAAGCCAUCCCCGAUAUCGCCGACCUCCCCGCCAACGAAUUGAGUUCUCUUUGAAAUAAUCGAGUCAGCGACGUCCUCGAUUCUUACGCGAACUACCAAAGGUGUGAACAGGCUCAGGUUUAUCGAGUAUGGAGGUACUUGUGCCUUUUUGAUUUUUUUGUUGGCAAGAUUUUUGAUGAAUAUAGUGCUGGAUGAACCUGGUUGCUGCAAAUGACGUUCGUUAUUUAUCAGUUAGAAGUUACUUACUAACUGACAAGAACUGCAAAGGCUUGAGGAAAUGCUAUUAUUGGGGUUCUUGGAGCUUAUGUAUAUGCGACAUUGUUUAGAAUUAGUGAAGUGUCCUGUGUUACGAAAAGGCUAUCGUAUGCGUAAAUGUCUGUAUGUGAGGAAUGGGACACAGCUUGUCAUAAAGAUUUGUUCUUCUCCAACAGGAGAAUCUAGUAAUAUAUUUCCAAUGUUCCUAUCUUUUCCAUUCUCGCCUUCCAAGUAAAUGAUUUCAUGAUAUGACCCAUGAUUUAAAGGCGAGUUGUUCACUACAACCUCUGUAGUUGACUUAGAUCCUACUCACGACAACUCACGAAGCGACUUUGCACGAGUAAGCUGUGAGGAGCCAAUCAGAUCAGGAGACCGCACAGCGCCCACGCUAGUGAACAAAAAAUGUAGUCGAGGUCGACCUCUUAUCUGUAGAUGUGCUAUGUCGUAGAUUCAAAAUCUUUGUCAAGAUAUGUAUAAAUAAUUCUCCACAGAUUAGAAAAAUGCCAGUUUUGAGUGGCAUUGAUGUGAAAACUUUACUGAUCACAAAAUUGUUACCUGCUGAUUGCUAGUCUGUGGGUAGCCUAGUUUUUAGGAAUUUUCAAUAUGCUAUUGCAUGCAUUUAAAACAACACAGCAUUUGUGGCUCUGUUUAUGUUAUACGAAACGACUUACAGGUCUUUGGUUUCUCAGCAUAUUCUUUUCAAACUGGUUCCAUGUGCCAAAUACCUAGAAAUUAAUAAUUAACUAACUUCUUCCAAUCAAUUUGUCAACCAUUUUUCAUUUGCAAUGGCAUUAGACGUUAGACGCUCAGCUGUGAGUUCUCAAAACGAUUAUGAUUUCUUUGCAAUAAACUCACAAAAUUCGUGAGAUUGUUGGUACUUUCUGUUCCCCCCUGUCUCAUUUGUUCAAAUUUGUAAAGCUACUGGAGAAUCCCCUGCCAUGCUUAAUGAAUGGCUUGCUGCGAGCUUUUAGGUCAUGCCCUUCGUCGUUUGUUUUUACUGCAUUAUUUUUUGACGUCUUCAAACAUUAUAAGUGUUUUUGUUCAAUCUUCUGUGUUCAAAGUCCAUUUCAGACCACCUGUUUUACUUCAAUUUCCAUUUUGACAACCGUCUUUUUAUUAUGCUCCCCGUUCAUCGUUCGAGGCCUAUGCACUGUUUUACUUUGCAGGCUUUUCUGUCAUGUUUCGUAUUACUGGGUUUUAAAGUCAUCUUUUGCAUAGUUUUUCAGUUGCAAACUCUUGCAUUGGCCAUUUGAAUGGAAUAAGGAAAGACAGAAAUGAUCGGUUUGGUUACACUGUGAGGUAAAUCUGACGUCAUAGAUACACUUCGCAUAUACUACGACGAUUCACAAGAUAGAUAUAGCAAGUAAUGGCAAUUGCAGUUCUGUUGUAGUUUAGUAUAUGUUUAAGCAUUUCAGAAUGUAGAUACCACGCUUGCAGUUUAUUCCAAAGCUGGAUAUGGUCAACAAAAUAUUUCUUUCAGCUGCGACCAAUCAAAUCAAAUUGAAAGGCAAAGAAUCGUAGUGUUUCUUUCAAUUAUUUUCAAAUUAAAAAUGUUUUUAAAGGUUAAGAGACUGUAGUUGUUUUCCAAAGUUUCUUAAAUAACUUCACAAGCAUGAUAAUUUUCACCAAAUCGUCUUUGCUCAGUUUUUCCCGGAAAGGUAUAACUUUUCAGCCUUGUAACUUAAUGAAUAAAUGGGAUCUUACAACAAUAUCGAUUUUUCGUUAUAAACGCAGCAGAUUUUUUUCAUUCAAUAAAUAAAUACCAAAUGCUAUAAAAGCUACUUUUUAGAAACACAAAGACUAUCAAACAGAAUAUCUAAUAAGUCAAAAGGACCUCCUCUUUCCAUUUAUCUAUUUCAAGUGAACGGACAAUGGAUGCCUAAUCAUCGAAAAGACUCAUUUUCAUGAAAGAAUUUUCGAGCUGUUUUAUAAGGUUGAUGGUGAUCAGUAAUAUUGUCUCUAAAUGUUUUUUGUAAGUUACGGCUCGUUUUCAUAUAGCAGGUUUAUUAUUAAAAGAUGAGUGUACUAAUGGAAAUAUUAUUACGCACUGCACAACCUUGAUGCUUCCCUUUUUCAGUCAAAACCUUGUGUUUGGUGUUAAUCUUGUGCAAUGUUUUCUGAUAAGCAGUUUGCAGUUCACUGUCAAUAGUACCUGUUAUUUGUAAUCUUGCUCUCUAAUGCCCUGGCUAAAUAGCCUGUUUAUAUCAGCUAGACAUCAAUGUCCAAUUCUGCAGCUAAAACUGGUUGGUCAGUUUCCUUUUGACAUCCUCCUUGCCUUGAUCCUCGUGCACAGUUCAUAAGUUUAAAGAUGAGUUUUCUAGCGACGUGUGUUCAUUUUUCGCGUCUAAAGGAGAUCAACGAGUGCUUUAACGUCCCACAGACAACGCAAAACAUCGCCUGAUGAACCAAAUCGACGAGUUUUUAUUAAAUUCUUGUAAAUCCUGCAGGUGAAAUAGCUGCUGUUGAAUCGUGAAUUCGACCGUGGCUUCAAAUCGCAUUAAGUUGCGUUCUGUGCAAUGUUUGAAGUCUUCCAAGGUGAAGUUUGAAUCGUACGGAACAACUACGUCUUGCAGCUGCUAUGCGCCCACUCUAAAAGGCAGGCCACUGGCUGGUCAUUCAUUUAAUAAAGUUUUGCAGCAGAGACAUACAUUGCUCAUUGGUUGCUGAUAGUCAGUGAAUCAGCGUAGCCGGGAUAUCGCGAAAUGCUGUACUAUAUUGUGGCAUAAAAAUUGUUUAAACUCAAUGUAUAAUGGUGCUUCAACGAGGACUUGGUACGGCCGUGGAAUGAAUGUAUCGUCGAGAAAAUUCACUGAAAAAUGGGCAAGGGAAGACGAAGACACAAGAGUUUGCACGUUAAGAAUCGUUCGAAUGGAGGUUUCAAGAGCCCUGGAGCAAGACCUGACAGAACUAGUGAUAAGUGUAUCUAUGCGAGGUUCCCGCAGAAGUCUGCGCUCCGAUUGUAUACCAUUGCAACAAAGUGGCCCAAUUGAUGUCGAAUUGGAUUUUGCAUUUUCUUUGCAAUAUCCUCAUUUCCUGAAACGUCGUGGAAAUCUCCUUCGAGUUAUGUUACAACGAAAGAAAAAGUACAAAGGGAGAACAAUGCUUGGUUACAAAACACUUGCAGUCGGUCAAGUUGACAUGGCACAGGUUCUCCAAGGCUAUGCUCCAAAUAAUCUGCAGCUGUAUAUAAAAGAAGAAAAAGCUCCGGUUGCAACUUUAACACUAGCAUCCUUGAGCAGUCAAUCGGUUGAUCAAGAAGUUUCGGGCAGAAGAGAAUCAGGUCACGAAAAUCUAAGCUCCACCGACGAAGACGCUGAUGACGAUCUUUCUGGAAGCGAGGCUGAAUUCAGCGCAGGCGAAAUGGAGGAGGCAAGGGUGUUCGACCCGCGGGAUCCCCGGGAUAUGAUUCGAAGAAAGGCUUCCAGGACGUUUAAAAAGAAAUUCAUGGAUGCAAUUUUCAGGAGGCUAAAAGCGAACCAAGAGGCCUACGGUGAUGACAUCACUGAUGAGCUGUAUGCUGACCCGAUCGAACCGAUUGAGGAUGACAAUCAGAUUGAUUUUCUUUACGACGAAGAUGAAGACAGCGACGCUGAUGAAAUGUUGGGUGAUUCCUUCAGUAUUGGAUCAAACCAACGCCCUAAAUUAAGACCGUAUUUUGAUCAGAUUAGCAGAAACGAAAGCAGUCAAACGCUGACACAUGAAAAAGCCGAUGACAAAGCAUCGCCAAGAAGCGGACGAGAAAUGGAAAGUGGUGAUGAUAGUAAAGAGCUUAGUCCAAGCAGUGAUUCAGAUCAACAGAAGGACGUCCAACCAAAGGCCAGAAACGACCUACUGGUCACCCAGCAGCCCUUGUUGCAACCAGGCAGUGAACGGACGUCACCGUUUAGAAGCGUUGCCAAUCGAAGUUUGUCAUUCAAAGAAAGGCGCGAACCAACAGAAUCGACAGAUCGCCAGCAGCUCAAAAGAAAGUCAAGCCUUGAUUUUGAUGCUCUUUCCCAGUUCUCUGUACAGCCGCUAAGUGAUCAAAUGCUAGCAGCUUUAAGCGCAGAUGACAACAUACCUGAAAAAGUUUUCUUAAUAUCGAUUAAAGACUCAAUCGGGCAGAUCUUGGCCAUGAAGUUAAUGAAUCGUAUAGAGAGGCUCAUCUGUACAACGAACGACAACGAAGUCAGCUCUGUCAUAGCUACUGUUGCUAGCAAGUUACAGAAAUACUGCAAUAAGCACUCAGCAUCGCCUCCACCAAUGAAAAUCUGUGUAAUUGGGCCAGAAUGCUACGUUAGUGCUGUACUUAGAUCAUAUGUCGAUAGCUUUUCUCUGAAGUCUCCUGAAUUCCAAGGAUAUGUGCGAUUUCUUAUCGUUCCUCUAGGAUAUCAUCGCCUUGCCAAGUAUCUGGCGAGUAAAGAUUCGUGUUAUCACUCAGUGUUUAUGGACCAAUUCUGGAGAAAUUACAGCGAGCAGCCCUCUAAAAGAGAUGAAGACUAUGAUGAGGUUGAACGGCGAAUUCAGUAUUACACAAAGUCGGCAUCCAGCUUGCUAACACUUCCUGUUGCUGAAGCUCUUAUUACACACAAAGCUGGAAAAACAAGCGAAGGGGAAUCUUCACAAGCCUGUGUGCCAUUUGUCAUGGAAGUCAGAGUCAAUAGGCCAGCUACAGAAACAGAAUACGAAGAACCAACAACAACGCAAUCCUUACCACGUGAUAUACCAGCGCCUGGACCUACUAACAGCAAUGCAUCGUCCAAUCUUUCGUCAAGUCCAAACAGUCGUGAAUCAUCAAUGGAGAAAAGCAUGGCUCCUCCGCAAGGUCAGUGGGGAAGUCCCAUGCAGAAUGAGACAUUAGACUUGCAGGUUGAUUAUUGGACUGCUGGCUCGAUGAAUCAACCAAACAAAAAGGAUGAGAGGAAAGAACAAAACAAGUCGUCAAUCAAGACUGCAUUUAGAUCGCUCGCUGUUACUCGAUUCCCAAGUUCAGAGAAUGACGAUCCGAAUGUACUUUUUCUUACCGCGCAAACGAAAGCUCGAAAUAAAGUUGUUAUGCGGCUGAAAAAGACGAAAGACAAAGACACAGAAUCAAAGUCAAUUAUCAACGCCUCUGUAAAUAAGAUCGUAUGCACUUCCAAAUCACACAGUCAGACAUUUAAUGUUACAGUUGACGGAGCCGAUUGGUGUGGUAUAAAAUUCUUCUCUUUAUCAUCUCAAUGGCCAACUCAUGUAAAGAACUUUCCAAUUGGCAUUUUUGGAACUUUGUGAGCGCUAUGAAGAGAAGUCUUUUCACUGAUGGCUACGCUUCAAGGCCUGAAAAUGAACUUCAAUGGCUACUAGUUGAUACCAACAUAUACAUUGAAUUUAGCAUCAUUUUGCCUUCAGCUCUUUUUUGCGGUAUGCUGUAGUAUUGAUACAUGUCUUAAUAAUCAGCUCAACAGUAUUAAGCAUAUUAAUAGAACGUUGUUAAGUGAAUCGCUGCAUACUAUCCAUGUAAUAUUGUUGCGAAAAGCGAGCGGUUCGUUUAAGUUUCUUUUGUAGCUAAUCAAAUUCUAGGCUAGAAGCUGCCUCGUGGCUAGUAACAAGAACCUAGUAGAGAUGACGUCAGCUGCCAUCAGCGACCGUACAUGCUUCAUAUCAUCUGGGAAAUAUGAUGCUAAUUUAAGAUUUUGAUACUCCUUUAUACGAUUUACCGUAUACAAUCCAUAAUUGACGUAUUGUGUGAUGACGUAAGCAUUACGUAACCUUAUUAACAAGCACUUUACGCUCACGGACAGUUGAUGCAGAACAUUUUCUCAAAUACACCAUCAAUUUUGGAACCCACUCAUUAUAUUUCAGACAGUUCGUCAAUUUCGUUGCAUGUUUGUUCGUGUUAAGUAAAGGCUUUUCCAGUCUUGAGAUUUAUCGUAAUGUUAAAAAUAAAUUGAUUAUAAAUUUUGUAGAAUUAUGUAGAAAUUAAAACAUUUUGCAAGAGGCUCUGGGAAUUGAGUUUUCCACUGCUUCGCUUUAUAAACAGAUAUAAGAACUUUCUAAUUUGGAGAAUGUAAAGUUACUUUUUUGUAAACAGCAAAGACAAGGAGAUUAGUUAUGUACCCACCUAUGCAUCCUGUUCAUUCCUUUGUGUGUUCCAGAAACCGUGCAUAUUCCUUCCCCUAUGAAUAUACUUAUUAAUGAUCAAAACUCAAUACUGUAUCUAUUUGUGCCUCCAUAGAUGAGACGUGCUCAAACCGUUUUAGAUAUUUGCUUUGCCACUAAAACUUUUCCCAGUUUCGGUUAAACAUGUGAAGAAAUUUUCUUCUAGGUAGGCUUUCACUUUCUCAAGCGUUUUACUAAAAGUUUGACUAAAAUUGCUUAAAAGGAAUCAUGUAGUUAUAUUUUUUCAAAUAUCCCUUUCAAUCGUAGAAAAUUGAUUGUGAGUCAGAAUUGCUCAUUGUUAGAAUUUCAAUUAAAUUUUAUGCAACAAAUUAGCUCUUGAAAACGUCUGCACACCACCCUCCCCACCACCCCCCUUUUUUUUCUGUUCAAAGCAUUUUUAUUUCAAAACGCAUUUAUGUUUGAAAUUGUUUUUGGUCGUGUGUUUUUGUAUCGAUUAACGUCGAUGGUGGACGAAAAACCCGGUUUAGUUAAUUAAAAUGUUCGUUUUAAUCAGUGUGUGGUAAAAUUUAGUUGUUUUUGCUGUGAAAGUUUAAUUGAAUUUUAAGUGUAAACUAAA